AAGAAAAAAAAAAAAAAAAAAAAAAAAGUCAAUGUCAAUGUCAAUGUCAGCAUGAACUUCAUCACCGCCUCAUACUCAUCGCUUCAUGUCAUUUUUGACGGAGCCCGGGAUAGAUGCUCGAAUCUCAAAAAAAUCAUAUACAAAGUCAAAAAGGACUUGGUGGCGUCAAAGGACGAUAUCGAAUCAGGGCUGUUAAUCCAGAGCCAGGAACCCAAUGAAACGACGAGUCUGCUAUUGCCAAACACACGCGCGAACGCCAAAGCACAUGUCAACAUCAAUACGUCUUCACCAUCAAUUGGCGUGGAGCUGGACAAUGUCGUGUCGUUUUAUUACAAAAAAGAGAAGGAAAUCUAUGCGGAGGUUGAAGCACUGGUCUCGGACAUCCAGAAUGUGGAACAUAUUUUUUACUGCAGAGCAGACACCCUCCUUAAUGGCCACAGAAGAUCCUCGACAGGGGGUGACAGCACCAAGCGGACAAGGUCUCGAUGGGACAACAGAGCAAGUCGUCGUUCACUCCAAGUGAGGUCAGGAUCCUGGGGCCACGAUGCGGCCCUAGCAUUGGCCAACGAGGAAGACGACGGUAAGAGUCUUUGGUUUGAGUCAGAGGUGGAGGAGGAUGGAAUGCACUUUCGCCACAGAUGCAUUGAGAUAUUUAUCAAACUCUCGGAGCUGCAAGCGUACGUUAAACUGAACAGCACAGGUUCCUCCAUGGCCCUCAAGAAGUACGACAAAAGCUCGGAGAAUGACACCAAGACGAUCGACAUGAACCGAGUCAUCUUCCAGGCCUAUCCGUUCUUGAGCGAGACUACAGCCAAGCUGCAGCAGCAGAUCGAUCAUGUCACCGGCAUCUAUGCACGGAUUUUCGCAGGCGGUGACCUUGAGUUGGCCAAGCGAUCGCUUGGGACGUAUCUUGAGGACCACAUAUUUUGGAAGCGCAACACGAUCUGGAGAGAUAUGAUCGAGGCGGAGCGCAAGAGCCAGGCCGUUAGCGUUGGCCCCCUGCCGGUGCUUCAGGAAGAGCCUGUCCCUUUGAGGACACAGUCUGAUUUGAUUGUGCUACCAAAGUACUUCACCGGGAACGUUCUCUUAAUGGCUUUCUGCUGCUGUAUCUUUAUCGCUCUCCUCAACGUGAGUCUCUUUGAUGAGCCCGAACAGCAAAACUGCUUUGCCAUCCUCAUCUUCGCCUCACUUCUCUGGGCAACAGAGGCUAUGCCACUGUUUGUCACUUCGCUACUGGUGCCACUCUUGGUCGCGAUGCUGCGAGUGAUGCGGGACGAUGGCGAAGAUCAUAUACGACUAGAUGCUCAAGCCGCUACUAAAAAAAUCUUCUCGCUCAUGUUUUCGCCUGUGAUCAUGCUGCUCCUCGGUGGAUUCGCGGUCGCUGCUGCGAUGAGAAAGUUCCACAUUGCCAAGGCCAUGGCUACAGUUGUCCUAUCGAGGGCAGGUACCCGUCCAAGCGCUGUGUUGCUGGCCCACAUGCUUGUUGCCACCGUUGCCAGUAUGUGGAUCAGCAACGUCGCAGCUCCUGUACUCUGCUUUUCGUUGAUUCAGCCCAUCCUGCGUACCCUUCCACCAGGAUCCCCGUUUGCAAAGUGUUUGAUUCUCGGGAUCGCUUUGGCGUCAAAUGUCGGUGGCAUGGCAUCCCCGAUCAGCUCGCCCCAAAACAUUAUCGCCAUCGAGUACAUGAGUCCGGCGCCAAGUUGGCUUGAAUGGUUUCUGGUCGCCCUUCCUGUGUGUCUAGCAUGCGAUCUGGCGAUCUGGGGUCUCUUGCUCCAGGUCUAUCGACCAUCUAACAGCACGCCCACGAUCAGCAUCAUUCGCUCAACCAAGGAUCCUAUUACCAAGACCCAGAUCUUUGUCUGCAGCAUCACGGCAAUUACGAUCGUUUUAUGGUGCUUUGAACAUCACCUCGAAUGGCUGUUUGGGGAUAUGGGAUUGAUCGCCGUCAUCCCGCUCCUCGCGUUCUUUGGAACGGGCAUCCUCACCAAGGAGGACUUUAACAACUUUUUGUGGACGGUCAUCAUCCUUGCCAUGGGAGGCAUCGCACUUGGGAAGGCUGUGGAAUCGUCCGGGUUGCUUCACAUUAUCGCAAUGGGUGUGCAGGACUAUGUCAAGGACAUGUCUGUGUUUAUGGUCUGCUGCGUCUUUGCGAUCUUGGUCCUGGUGGUCACAACGUUUAUCUCCCAUACUGUUGGUGCGCUGAUCAUCCUCCCGAUCGUGGCGCAAGUUGGUGCCACACUGCCGGAUCCUCACCCACGCCUUUUGGUUAUGUCCGCAGCGUUGAUGUGCUCUGGAGCCAUGGGCUUGCCAGUGUCUGGGUUCCCGAAUAUGAAUGCGAUCAUGAUGGAGGACGAGAUGGGUCAGCCGUACCUGAGCACCGGUGACUUUUUGAAGGUCGGUGUACCAUCGAGUGUCGUGGCCUGUGUUACGGUUGUGACCCUAGGCUACACUCUCAUGACGUUGUCUGGAUGGUAGGCGGGUAUGUCUCCCCCCCUAGGCGCGCGCGAUAACCCUGGAGGGAAAACCCCCCUUUAGAAUAAAGAUAGAUUUUUCUCCAGCUUACUACCUGUGCGCAUGUAUCAUCAUCAUCAUCAUCAUCACCAUCUUCAUCUUCGUCAUCACGUCCCCUUCAUAGGCUAGCCCCUCGAAUGAUCUUCUCACCACAAAGAUAAUGAAAAUGAG